AGGACGUUUUCAUUGAAUAAUUGUCGCUGGUGUAUUUGAGACUCUGUAACAGUGUGAUUUUUUCGACAAACGUCAAUCUUUCCAUUAAAACUAUGUGAAAUAUUGUUUUACUUCUUUUUCGGUAUCGAAUUUUCUCUCGCUCUUUCCGUCUCAUAAAUCCACGAAUUACGCGGCUGCCAUCCGUGCAAAGUUAUUUCGCACCCGGCACACGUCAAGUCGAUACGUUUUCGCGAGGGUGCAGAAUCGCAGCGGACAGAGAGAGAGACAGAGAAAAAAAGAGACUAACAGUGAGCGCAAAAAAAAGAGAAAACAAGUUCGAAACGAUCCGGGGGCCUUAAAGCUCGCUGCAUUGGAACUCUGCCCCUCGAAGGCUUAAUGGAAAAUUGAGUUUUCCUUUACUCCCUUCUUGCUCUUUUUCUUCUCUUUUUGGUGGAAAAUGCAAAGAGGAUUUUGCCUGAUGAAACAGAGUGUCUCGAUUGAGAUUUUACCGGAUUUAUCGUGGUGAACCCGAAGGGGAACGAGAAAAAACAGUUCUGUUUAUCUUCUCCGGGACAGCGCAUGGAUCGACUGUGCGGAAAUUUAAUUCGAUAAAGUCGUGAAACAAGACUCCGUCGAUGUUCGCACGUAUCCGAACUUUCAUCGGCAGCACCUGCAGCACAGUACAUUAGAAGAAGAAAAUUCAUCGUGAAUUAAGCCUGGGAAUAACGAUUCUUUCUGGUGUAAAAAAACAAAAGAAAGACGAAAAAGGUUUUAAAGAUAAGAGGGGAAGUAAUGGUGCUCGGUGAAUAGUCGAAAAGUACGUGAAAUCUCGUUUCUAAACGAAAUUCAAAAACCGAAAGAUUUAGCCGAAACAUCGGGGAGUAUUUUCCUCUCGAUAAAGUGUGCUCUGGACGUGAUUAACGUGUGUAGAAAUUUUCUAAUUUUCCUCGAAAGAGAUACACAGCCGAGGUACAUAAACUUGGACCUGUGGGAAAAAUUUACGGUCGGAAGUUUCGCAACUCGAGCGAAAAGUCCAGAUAGAGCGAGGCGGGGAAGGGCGAGGGAGGGGGGAUUGAGAAAGCGAGAGACGAAAUCGCGCUCGCCACACGUUUGUGCCUCCGAAAGUGUUUUUUGUUGUGUGUAUUCGCGUGUGCUCGCCGAGGAGAGGUUAAAAAAUAAUUUACAAGCAAGAGCGAAAGGGGGAGAGAAAAAAGGGAAGAAAAUAGAGAAGACUACGAAGAUUCGAGAGUGAAGCUCAUCCGGCUGAAAAAUGGGAAAGAAAAACAGCAAGUUGAAGCAAGACACCAUCGAUCGUCUCACCACCGACACUUACUUCACGGAAAAGGAAAUCCGGCAAUGGCACAAAGGAUUUCUGAAGGAUUGUCCAGACGGCCUGCUGAAGGAACAGGGUUUUAUCAAGAUUUACAAGCAGUUCUUUCCGAAAGGUGAUCCAUCGAAAUUCGCGACGCUGGUAUUCAAGGUUUUCGACGAGAAUAACGAUGGGACGAUAGAGUUUGAAGAAUUCAUACGAGCUUUGUCCGUCACGUCGAGGGGAAAUUUGGACGAGAAAUUACACUGGGCGUUCAGGCUUUACGACGUCGACAACGACGGUUUCAUCACGCGGGAAGAGAUGUACAACAUCGUGGACGCGAUAUACCAAAUGGUGGGUCAGCAACCUCACGCGGAGGAUGAAAACACGCCACAAAAAAGGGUCGACAAGAUAUUCGAUCAGAUGGACAAGAAUCACGACGAUAAACUCACCCUCGAGGAAUUCAGGGAGGGCAGUAAAGCGGACCCGAGGAUCGUUCAGGCGCUGUCACUGGGCGGUGAGUAGCCAAGGCUCGAAGAAGAAGAGGAAGAAGAAGAAGAAGAGGAACAACAAUCAUCGGCGAUUUCUACGAGCUGAGUCAGAGAACGAGAAGCACUGGAACGAAGCGGGAAACUAUUCGUAAAAGUGAAGGAGGAGUAAAAUGGAAGCGAAGAAAUUUUUGAACCACUUUGGAGGGCGGUAGCUCGUCAGCGAGGAGUCAAAAAAGCGAAUAAAAAAUCCGAUGCAUCACAAUAUUGCGUCCCUCGCGUUCGAUGUAGAAAUAAGAAAGCGUCCCAGUUCGUGACUUCUAGAAAAAAUCUCCGCCUCUCCAUUCGAAUCUUAUCUUCUCUCCUUGACCGUCCAAGAGCCCGAGAAAUGCGUCUCGGAAUAGAAUGCAUCGUUAAUUCACGAUAAUGAAAUUCCAACGCGGCCAGGAGACGAAGAAAAGGGGAGAAGAAAAUCGGGGAAUGAGAGAGCGAGAGAGAGAGAAAGCGAUUUAAUGACGAGAAUAGAAGGUGAGAAAAAAUGCAUCAAAAAAUGCUGUAAUUUUUCUACCUUCGUGACAAUGCAACUUAUCUUACAUUUGAACAAAAAAAUAGAUAUAUAUACACACACACGGGGGUGUUUUCCCUCACGGAGGAGUAGCCAGGUGUACUUUUUCCCAUUUAUUACUAACUUUAUUCCGUAAAUCAAUUCACAGUUUUUUCUAUUCUGUGCACACAGUAUAUUUAUCGCAAACAUAAUGCAUGCGAACGUACACGCCAUCGCCAUUUUUCGAUGUAAUUAUCAUUCCAACCUUUUUUCUUUCUCGGCGCAUUAUUUUCUAUCGUAUUAUUUAUUCAUUAAUAAUUUAUUCUUUGUUGAUUACGAAUGCUAAAUUCAUGAUCAAUCGAAACGUACAUUCCACGUCAGACCGGUUAUCGUCGAUGUAAUUAUCAUUAAUGUCUAUUUUUAUCUCUCUUUUUUUUCUACGCGAACUCGUGUAACAAACGUUCUAUUCGCCAGUGACAAUUGCAUCGUCCACUUGAGUUACUGACUGGUUGCUUUUCCUCGUUGUAAAAAGUUAUUAAAAUUAUUCAGUGAAAUUCGUGUUAGAUUUAAUUCGAAGUAUAUUUUUCGUCAUUUACAUUGUUCAAUCGUCAGUUUUUGACACCAAAAAUCAUCAGCGUUUACAAAAGAAUGUCAACUAAAUCGUAGUGGAAAAAUCUUGCUCCAACUUUUUCGACUACACUUGAAAGAAAAGAAGAAAAAAAAAACAAAAAAAAAGCAAAACUCUUCGUGCAUCAAAAACCAAUGAAUCUAUCCGUUAAAUUGGAAUACUUGUUAGGCACAAAUGUGUGUUGCAGAUGUUGACAGAUAUAUGACUUAAGAAAUAAAGUGUAGUUGUUGAAUUUCGUGACGUAGAGACACACGAAAACAAUUCGUUACAUGAAAUUUAGUGGGAUUUUUCACACAAAGAUAAACGAACCUCUUAAUUGUAAUUUCAGUUGAAAAUCUUCGUGUUUCUAAAAGUGUUCCGCAAUGGAUAGAAUGGAGGAAAAAAAUGUCGAUUAAGUCGCACACAAAAUUUCUCAAAAAUCCUGCGUGUGGAACGUCCCAUAAAUUUCUAUCAAUGAAAACGUUGUUACGAGAGUGAGAGUCCGGAAAUAAUAAAUGGAUAAUGUGCACCAUUUGAUGACACGAUGCAGACAAGAAACGUGUCAUUUUUGGGGUUUUCUAUGUACUAAAACGUUUGAAUUUAUAAUCGAAGCAAUAAGCAAUAAUCGUGCCUCCCGGCUUGACGCUGCUGUAUUUCGUAUAUAAGGAGAGCACUGAAAGCAAUUUUCGUUUAUUCGCGCUCUCGUGAAUCUCGCCUCGGUCGUGUACACAUGAAGAAUAAUAAUUUGAAAGGCAGGCUAUAUAUUUGUGUAUGUUCAUCGGUAUACACGUAUAUGAAGCUCUAGAAUAAUGUUAGCUUGGAAGUUUUUUGCGCGCCUUGAAAGCCACAGAAACUGCAUCGCUCUCUCUCGUCCAGAGAGGACUAUACGCGUAUAUAUUUGCCGGAUUCUGGUAAGAAAUUCACUCUGAUCUUUACUGCGAGAGGGUAGAAAAAGUUGCAAUAUCCUCGUAGAUGCUCGAGGCGUUCCAGCUCAAAAUAGCCAGUCGAAAAUCUCCGAAAUUUUAAUUCAUUUAACGAAAAGCUUUGGAAACAGAAAUAGUGAGAUCGAUCGAGUUGAUCCACUGAUUUGUUGGGAAAGAUAAAAAUCCAUCGAAAUAUCGAUCAACUCGAGGACUCACGAGCUUUCAUCCCAGACAGAAUUCACAAUGGUUUCAAGUCGCAUUAUUUUCUUGAUUAAUCGAUUCGUCCUGGCAGAUCAUUCGUUCAUUUGUCGAGACGAAAGAACGAGAUCCGAGACAAUUGCGUGGGUGGGCAUUUGGCUUUUACUUUGUGAAACGAAGAAGAUCAUUGAUGACGAUCUAUGAGUUUGCUCUGGAAUAGCCAAUGCGUGUACACAAGUUUGACAAGCGUUGGGGUUUGAGUAUUCUAAGUGGGUUGAGGCUUCGAUUUAUUCCGGGCGAGUCCCAACCUCGGCGAGCGAGUCGAAGCUCCGCGAAAGAAAGAGCACAAAAUAUUAAAGAAAGUUGGAGAGAUUGAGAAUGAAAAAGAAGUAGCUUGGAGGAAGGAAUAAGAAAAACGACUAAAAUGAAAAUAAAUAAAUGAAAAAGUCGAACAACAAGAAUCGGAGAAAAAUACGGAAAAAAGUGGUUCAUACGGAGGAGAUAUACGUACUGCGCAGUGUGUAACGAAAGUUUUCUCAGAGCUGAGCCACGAAACAUAAAUAAAUAACAAUAAAAUCAGUGAGCAAAAAAAACGUGAGAAAAAGAUGAGGAAGUAAGUCUAAAAAAAAAAAAGAAAAGAAAUAAUGAGAAUAACAAGAAAACACAUAGAAAUAACGCGAUUGAUAAGGUUGAUAAGAAUAUCGUAAGUAAUUUUUACAAUUUUCAGAUAUAAAAGAUAAAAUAAAACAAAGAUACGAAUAUAAUUAAUUGUAAUUGUAAAAUUGUCUCUAUACCGGUACGAAAUACUCGUUAUAAACAAAACAAAAAACACCUUACGUUUAAGAAAAUUACGCUAAAUUGUCUGUAAUUCGUCGAGUGUUUAUUAUAGUCAAGAUUCGCCUAGAAUUGUGCUUUUUAUGUGAUUGCCUUCGAGUUUCGUUUGGUUCGUGUCUCGUUCUCGACAAUGAUAUAAAUAAUCAUGCCUGUCAUGCCCAACACUUCACAACGUUCUGAACGCUGCUUUUUUCAAAUAAAAGAAUAACGAAUUACAGACUUGACAUUUUUAUCUGGGAGGCAUGCGAGCAAAAAAACAUUCGUAAUCCAGAACUCCCGGAAGAUCGCUACUCGAGAUGAAAAUUUGACGAAAAGAUUGACAAAAGUUUCAUUGAAAAACAGGGUUAUCGUCAACUUUGUCAGCUGAGAAUAACAAAAAAAUUGAGAACCCUCGUGCUCGAGCACGAAUUUUUCCAAUAAGAUGAUAAAGCCAGUUAUCAAUGAAGGUUUCAAGAGAUUUUUCUUAUCGUCUAUUUAGAUGACUUGUAAAUUAGUAAAUGACAAAAAAUGGUUAUUUAUUAAAUUCGUUAUUGUAAAGUGUGCAUUAAAUCUGACCGAUAAAAGGAGCACUCGCACGACCAAACUCGUUGAGUAAUGAAAAAAUUGAGAAACCUCACAAAGUCAAAUAAUUUUAGCAGAAUUUUGAAUUCAAUGGCGAUCGUACUCGGGCUGCCACAAAUUAAUUUCACAAGCUGAAUAAUAAUUUCAGUCGGAAAAUUCACGAUUUUUGACGUCGAGUACGAGACGCCAAAUAAAUUCGUCCGUCGAAACUUUCGUUCAAGAUUACGUGUCGCGUUGUUUUCUUUAUGUUGAAUCUUUUUUUCUGUAAUAUCACACGAAAACAAUGUGGAGACAGGACCCCGCUUCGAUAGCAGUAUGGAAACUGUUGUUCGUCAUUGUUAAUCCAAAAAAAGUGGUGCUACGCUUUAAACAUUGUGGAGUUUGCCGCAUGAGAGGCUAGAAUUAUUAUGAUCGAGAGCGAGGCCGAGGCACUACAUAAAAUCCUGGUGAAACGGUGCGAUUGCGUUUCGAGGGAAACGCGCGAAAACGUGUUUUCGAAUAAUUCACAUUUCGUUGCACUGUUUCGUGAGCCUGUAUGGAUAUUUGUGAAGAAUGGGAGUAGACGAAAAAGUGUAUUUGCCAAAUAGAUUUAUUCGUUCAUGAAUUUAGUAUCUCAUGGGUUUUCCAUCGAUUUGCUACUGUGCAAGAAAAAUCGACAUUAGUCGAUGGGUAGUAAAUUUUCAUUUGAGCCGCUCCUAAUUUUUCAAAUCUUCUAAAAGAAAUUCAAAAAUUUAUCAAAAAACAAGACGAUUAUAAAAAAAUAGGCGAUCGAUUUGUUUGUCAAAUACUUCCAUAGCUAAAUUUCCUCACUCUUAUCUGUUUUAAAAUAUAUCAGCAAUUCCGGGAUCGAGAUAAAACAGCAGGUGCUAUUACAACCGAUGAAUAAUAUUGUUUUUUUGAAACUGAAUCACGAGUCGUGAUAACUGCUAAAGAAAACGUGUAAUUAAAUUUUUUUCUCAUUAAAAAUGAUUUAUCCUAUCGUUUCCUUAUCGUUAGAUCAUUAAAGAUUUAGACAGUCGUUAUUUAUGUGCAUAUUUUGUGAGAAGCCAGCUAUUGCACUCUAAUUUAUUCUUGAAAAUAUAUUUCACUCUCCCUUGAUUAUUGCUUUUAGCUCGUUCAUCGAGGGAUGUUUCGAAAAUCAAUAAUUAUGGCUUUGAAAUUCAUUGCUAUCUUUAAAAAAACAAAACUAUAUCUAACUGUUAAUUCUAAUUCAACUGAUUGUAAUAAAAGAAGAAAAAAGACGAAAUAUUAAAACUUUUACUGUAAUUACUACAACGAUUACCUAAAACAAAGCAAAAUGAUAAAACCUUUCUCAACUCACUCUCUCUCUCUCUUUUCGUCUGUACUCACGUACGAUUAUUCCACUAUAACGAUAUAAUUUUGAAAAAUAACUAAAAUACUCGUAUUAAUGAAGAUUUUAGUAUUAAUGAAUAAAUAACUACAAUAAUCGUCACGGUAACUGUUUGAAAAACUUUCUGUGAUAAUUAUUAACAAUCAAUAAUUACUUAGCGAAGUGAGUUGUGAGCUGAUUAAAUGUCCUCAAAGUUUUUCGUCGAGGGGAUUAUUGAAUUAUAAUAUAGUAUAAAUAAUAUUUAUGACGCGUGUGAAGUGCGACGGAUUAUUGAGACGAUAAACAUUUUCGGAAAGAAAAUUGUGAGUCGUGCAAUUCGGAGAUUUACAAGAAUCACUAUUUUCAUUGUUUAAACAUGGUUUGUCCGAUGUUUCAAUCAAAUUUUAUCAUUGAAUUUAAAACAAUAUUGAAUGGAGAAUGAAAGAUAGACGAGAGAAAAAACAACGAUAAAUUUUGCCGAAAAAGAUCGAUUAGAGGAACUACCAAAGUAGCGAAAAUACCGAAAAAAAAAUCAUUUCUUUUCCAUGGUCAAUCAACAGUCUGCAACGUGGUUAUAAACUCUAAAAUUAGCCGAAAUCGACGAUUGCACUCCGGAAUGUCAGAACGAAAGUUGAAAACUCUUCUUUCGAGAAACAAAAAAAAAAAAGAAUAUUGACGAGCAGCAAAAACGUGUAUCGUAUGUGUGGUUUCCUCUCUCCUCUCUGUACGCGACCCCCGAGCGCCUUGUUAUUUUGUAUGGUCGACAUGCAAUUUUUUGUAAAAUGGAAAAAAAAUACCAAAAAAAAACAAACAAACAGAAAAACGAAGUAUCGCGUCGUGUCGCUUGACGCGCUCGACGUUGAGGUGAAUUAUAAAAAUAACUCGGAAGCAA